GCGGACCAUUGGCAGGAUGGCGGUCAACGGAAAGCUCCUUUUGUUGAGCAUCGCAACAAUUGCACUGCCCUGUGCGAUCGGCAAGGUCCACUUAGAGGAAAGAUUUGACGAAUCAUGGACUGAGCGGUGGCAGCCUUCCACAUGGAAAGCAGAGGAGAACCUUGCUGGGAAAUUCGAGCAUACAGCUGGAGACUGGUAUGGGCACCCAGAAGCAGACAAGGGCAUAAAGACGACGCCAGAUGCACGCUUCUACACCAUCUGGACAGAGCUAGAGGAGGAGUUUGUCAACAAGGGCAAAGAUCUGGUGUUGCAGUUCAGCGUGAAGCACGCCCAGAAUAUCGACUGUGGUGGGGGCUACAUCAAGCUGCUCCCGACCUCCAGCAAGGACAAGAUGCCAGACUUUGGCGGUGACACCCCCUACAGUGUCAUGUUCGGCCCAGACAUCUGCGGGUCCACCAAGAAAGUCCACGCCAUCCUCACCGACAAGAAGGGCCGCAACCUGGAAUUCAAGCCCACUGUCCCCGCUAAGACUGACGAGCUCACACACGUCUACACAUACAUUCUCCACCCCAACAACACAUACCAGAUCCUGAUCGACAACGAGGUGGACCGCAACGGCACCCUCUAUGAGGCCCACGACUUCCUGCUGCCCCGCCAGAUCCAGGACCCUGACGCCAAGAAGCCAGAGGACUGGGUGGACGAGGCGCAGAUCCCAGACCCCGCCGAUGUGAAGCCGGACGACUGGGAGCAGCCGGAGACCAUCCUGGACCCCGAGGCAUCCCAGCCAGAGGACUGGGACGUCGAGGAGGACGGCGAGUGGGAGGCCCCGCGCAUUCCCAACCCCGCCUACAAGGGGGAAUGGCAGCCCAAGAUGAUCGACAACCCCGCCUACAAGGGCGAGUGGGAGCACCCGCUGAUCGACAACCCGGAGUUUGAGGACGACGAGGAGGUGUACCUGCUGCCGCCGCUCAAGUUCGUGGGCUUUGAGCUGUGGCAAGUCAAGAGCGGCACCAUCUUCGACAACAUCCUGGUCACAGACGACGUGGAGUACGCGGCCAGGUUUGCAGAGGAGACCUGGGGCGCCUCCAAGGACAAGGAGAAGGAGAUGCUGGACGCCGUCAGGGCCGAGGAGGAGAAGAAGCGCAAAGAGGAGGAUGCGGCUGCCAAGGCCGCGGCGAAGGAUGCUGAUGACGGCGAUGAUGACAAUGAUGACGAGGCGGACGAUGACGCGGCUGAGGGCAACAUCGAUUUUGGGGACGAGGAUGAAGAUGACGAAGGCCUGCACGCUGAAUUGUAGAUUAGAGACGCGACAUCACAGAUAAGUAGAAAUAGCAGGUUGCCAGGCUGUUUCCUUGCCCUUAUUCCGGAUCAAAAGUACCCUAGGUCAGUAGAUAACUUGUCUGUCUGACAGGAGACUAGAUGUGUCAAAGAAUUUAUGACAGUCUUCAUACUAGACUGCCAGAGUUGCUGGAUGUGCAGGAGUGUUGGUCUGUUUGUAUUCUGCAAAUUAGAAUACUGUUUUUCUCCAGUGAACUGCUUGAAGUCAUGCCAUUAUAAGUGCCAAGGCUGGCAUGGAGCAUGUGCAGUUCUUGUAUCGUCAUCGGCUUACUGGCCACGGAUAUCAUGCAUGACUC